UCUCUGUGCUCAAAGAUGCUAAACUGAGCUUUAUCUACGCAUGUGAAUGUCACGGUUGAAGGGUUCAAAGAGGCAGGAGUGAAACGGUCAAAGGAGAGAUACAGCUGAGCCACUUCUGGAUAUCUCCGUCUUGAAUAUAUCUCUAAUGGACCAUACUGAACUCAGUUCCUAAACCUUCACUGGAUUACAGAGCCGAGGAGGGAAGACUUCAGAAUGCUGUGUAACUAGCAGUGUUUUUAUUCUUAGAGCUCACAUUUCUGCAGACUUGCAAUUAGAAAGAUGACUUCAUCAUCUGUUGGACACCACUGAUCUUUUUUUUAGACUCAUUAUUUACAAUAACUAGAACACCAGAUGGACAGAAGGAUGAAUGGGCUGGUAGAGGCCUCAGUGAAAUGCGUCCUGGUCGGGGACUGUGCAGUGGGUAAAACGGCACUUCUUGUACGAUUCACUUCUGAAACGUUCCCAGACAGCUACAGACCUACUGUCUAUGAAAACACUGGCGUUGAUGUAUUCAUGGAUGGAGUCCAGAUCAGCUUGGGACUGUGGGAUACAGCAGGCCAUGAUACAUUCCGCCAAAUCCGGCCCAUGUCCUAUCAGCAGGCGGAUGUGGUUUUGCUCUGCUAUUCGGUGGCAAAUCCGAAUUCGUUAAAUAAUUUGCGGCACAAAUGGAUCACUGAAGUGAGGGAAUAUCUCCCGAAGGUUCCUGUGCUGGUUGUUGCCACACAGACAGACCAUCGUGAGAUGGGGCCGUAUCGCACCAGCUGCACCGCGGCUUCGGAGGGCAAACAGGUGGCACAGGAGAUCCGUGCCAAGGGAUACCUGGAAUGCUCGGCUCUCAGCAAUCGUGGCGUGCAACAGGUUUUUGAGUGUGCUGUUCGGACGGCUGUUAAUCGGGCACGAAGACGGACACGCUGGAGACUCAUAGACAUUAACCCCUGUAAAAUGUCCUGAUGCUUUUAAAAGAGGGAUGUCGUUUGAUUCUCAUCACUAAUUGUCUCUCACACACAAUACCAACUAUUUGAAGCCUCAACAAAGACUUCUUAACACUGAUAUCUUAAUAUUGUAUACUUAAGAUUUUGAGUCCUCUAGUUAGACACGUUACAGACAUCGAACGGAUAUUUAUUCAUUAAAAAGCUGUGUCCUUGUUGUUAAUUUCAUGAGUAUAAAAUUAUUGAACACCGGAACAUAUCUUUUAAAAGACAGGUGCGUCUUUCAUUGCUACUUGUGUUGGAAAAUGUGCAUUUGUAGAUUGGAGCUCUUCAAGUUCAGUUUUAAAUUUCAUUCUUGUGAAUUGAAACGGACCCUUAAAACUCACUCUCAAUCUGCUUGGUUUCUCUCCUAGACCUGCAUGUGAAAAUGCAAAGUAAGGAUUCACAUUAGCUCAUAAUGUCAGAUCACAUUCUGCAAUCUUCAUUUUAAAUGGCGAUUAAAUCACUUUGGUUAUGAAUUUCUGAUUUGCUGACAACGCUUUUUUCUGUGUCCUGUUGUUUAUGGAGCUUAAAGCUAAGAUGAGGAUUUCAGUCAUGAAGUUCCUUUUCUUAAAAGAUUGAUUUCAUAAUCUUUAUGAGGUCACUUAAAAAAAGGAGUUGUUUUAAUAAAAAAGAGUUUAGCUCUGUGUGGAACCAUGGAAAAUAUGUUUACAUACGUUCUGACUAAAUAAACAAAGGCGUGUGUUAUUAAAAAUAAGAAUGAUUAAACUUAUUAAUGCUAAAACUAUGACAAUCCCCUUGAGAAGGACCCUCUU